CAAGCUACGCAACCACCACCGGAGUGACGACGACGUGCUAACGUGCUAAGCUAACGGCUUAGCCCGACCGGGACGGUCGCGCAUCUAUUUGGGUGUCUGCCCGCCGGUGGACCUUUUUUCAUUACUCCGGAGUAAUAUUUCAUUUUUUUGUGUGUGUGCCCGUGUGCGCGCGUGCGUGUGUGUGUUACCCAUCGGGUUUACUUCACAAUGCCGAGCAAAAAGAAGAAAUACAAUGCGAGAUUUCCACCGGCAAGGAUUAAGAAGAUUAUGCAGACGGAUGAAGAAAUAGGCAAAGUGGCUGCAGCAGUACCAGUUAUUAUUUCGAGAGCCCUGGAGCUUUUCCUCGAGUCUUUGCUCACAAAGGCCUGUCACGUCACCCAGUCCAAGAAUGCCAAGACCAUGACAACGUCACACUUAAAACAAUGCAUUGAACUGGAGCAGCAGUUUGAUUUCUUGAAAGAUCUGGUGGCAACUGUGCCGGACAUGCAGGGUGACGGGGACGAGAACCACGCUGAGGCGGUGGGGGAAAAGCCGCCACGCAGGGGUCGAAAACCAGGUUCCGGUCACAAAAACGGAGGGGCCGGCUCAAAAGGCAAAGACAAGAAGUUGUCCGGAACGGAGUCAGAACAGGAGGAGGACUCUGAAGACAGCGAGACAGAUGGGGACGAAGAGGACGGCUCUCAGUCAAGCACAAAUCUGCCGGCUGCCUCCAGGUUCCACAGCGCUGGCGCAACCCCAAAGUACCCGCACGGGGGCAACGUGGUCACGGGGGACGGCGCGGCCCAGGCGCAGCCUCGGGUCCCGGUGGCCUUCGCCCCGCACCCUUCCAUGAUGAGCACUGCGCCGCCUCCGCCGGCUGCCGUGCUCGAACAAAACGCGGACUACGAUGACGAAGACUAUGACUCUUAGCUCCCCUUUCCAACCCCACGCCCCCUCGUCACACACACAUUUUUUUACCCCCACCCCCUCAGUUUAAGUUGCUAUCACGGCGGUCGCUCGGAGCAGAGGAGCAAAAGACUCUUCAUCGGGCAAGAGGCCACAGGAAAGAAGAAUCUGGUUGUACAUUGCGUUUUAAUUUUGUGUUCUCUUUUAAACUUGGGAUUUUAUUUCAUUGGAGACGUAAAUCCAAGCAAAAUAGUUUUAAGGACUUCCUGUUUUCAUUUGUAUACUUUUGUUGUUGUUGUUUUUUUUAUGCCUACAGACAAAAUAGGUGUGGUUUGUGUUACUUUCAGGCAUUUCUCCCCCUCACUCCGCUUUUGUUUUCUUUUUAAUUCAUGUUUUUAUUCCCCCCCGUUUAAAAAGACCACAAUGCAGACACCUUCCCGAUUUUUUUUUUUUUUUAUGAACCCCACUUAGUUUCUGUUUCUGUUUCUGCCAUAGUCAUCUUCUGACUACUUUAUUGUUACGUUGCAUAACCCCCUCCCUUAAUUUUUUUUUAAAGAAUACUUUUAAUGCUUUCAUUGAAAGUAGACACAGGUUCCCAUCUUUGUCCAUGCUCCAUAUUUCCACGUAGGCAGAAGGAAGUUGCAUUGUAAACUUUUUAACAUUUUUAUUUUGUACGGAUUCAAUAAAAAAAAAUCUCAUAUUUCAA